UGUUGCAGUUCUGCCUGGCUCCAUGGUAUGGCAUCCCGAGCCCAAGUCCCUGUGUUGGGCCUGGUGCCAGCCUGAAACCCACGGCAGCACACCACGGCCUCGGGAUGCAGCUGCCUUGCCGCCCAACCCAGGGGCCCACGAGUAUCGAAAUGCGAAGAGCCUUUGGGGCCACAAGGCAUUUCGCUUGGUGCCGGUGAUCUAUGUGGGACCCGGUGUGGGUGAGAUGGUCCUGGUGCAACUUGAGGGGAGCAAGGUGCAAAUCCGCACCAAACCAGGACUUCUGCUGGAAUGGUAUGAAGGGCUCCUAGUCCUGGAUGCCCUCAUGCGCAGCUCGGAGCAAUGUCAGUGGCUGGAAAGUCUCGCAGGACGCUUCCAGAAGGAAAGGACACAGAGGAAGAAUUUGAGUGCCAGCCUGUACGUGAGCAAAAAGCUGCUAACUAUUGCGGUAACAGGGCCACAAUUUGUGACCAGAGAGGGUACCGUCUGUGCUCACCGUCGGAGCCUCCGGCAAGAUGCGUGCACCACAAACGAAUGCCUCCAAGAGCCAGGUUGGUACAAGGUGGAGCGUAUUUUGGAUUACAUGCCACCGUGGGAGUCCUUUGUGAAUCCCAAAUUUGGGCUUUAUCAGGAGUUUUACCUGAUCCUCUGGAAGCCUCCGCACCUCAUGGAAAGCUACUCCCACCUCCCGGAGGGAUGUGAGGAGCAUCCACAUGCCACCUGGGAGCCUGAUGAGUGUCUUCCAGAUGAGUUUGACGUUGAGCGCGCUGAAGUCAAGAAAAAGUGGAUCGAAACUCACCGAGAACGAGAGAAUGCCACGGCAGAGAGGAGGGAGGUCGACACCUUCAAGAUAUCGAUUCCUGAGAGAAGACCAGCCAGGGAGCCUCCCAAGCGGCCAGUGCAAGAAGUGGCACCCAUCGCUACCCGACUUCCACCCGAGAAGAUGGCGAAGGUGUACCACCCCGACCUCAGUGGUCGUAUUCGUCACGGGCUGCGGGAUGAUAUUCGGCCCAUCCUCCAAGGGGGAGAAGAAGUUCAGAUCAAGCAAGGAUGGCCCAAGAGCGAAAGUGACUACCCACUUUCGUACCUCCCGGCAGAUCCUCCUGGCUGUUGCAAGCAGCAAUGUCGCUGCAUGGAGGAUUGGCACAUUGAGGAUGCCAGCAAGUGCUGGCUGGACAACCAACACAUGAGAAAUCAAAGCGCCCAAAACGCAGUGGAUGCUUUCAAGAGCCAGUUGAACCUCCUGCGAGUUCGGGGGCAGGUCUCUGGCCAGUGGUACAUUGAGCCCGUCUCGGUGCUCCCCACGGAGAAGCUCCAGCAACUCCAACACUCCCGACGGAUGGCUCUGCAGGUGGCGAAUCUUGUACAUAAAGCCAUGGGCGCAGUGGUGAUUCCUUUGCCACUGCAGGCCAUUACCGAGGAAGGUGGAGGGGAUAUCCUGAGAGACAUUACCAUCCUGCAAGAUGAUGAGCAGCAGGCGCAGGAUGGUGGUCCAUUCGAACCUGCCGCCUUCGAAAAGGUGGAGGGUCCUGAUUGGCUUGUGGUGAGCGCCACUGGGCAUAUCGGCACAAUCGCAAAGGACACUCCACGUGCAUUCAAGGCUGAGACCUUCACACUACAGGUGGAUUUCAUUGGAGCGGAUCCCUCCCACAGACCCAGCCUUCACCUUCAAAUUGGACCCGAGAAGCCGGCGUUGCCCGAAAGUUUGGCAGCAUGGACCGGACAAAUCAUGGAUAAGGUGCGAUCCACUCCAACUCUAUCCUUUGCGCUGGAAACCUUGAUCAAGAAGGUGUAUGACACCGAAAGUCGGGGCCUGCGGAAGAAGGUCACGAUGGCCAUGUGGUUGAAGACCAUGAAACAGGUGUACAUCAUCGCCCGCGCCGCCGCCAACAGUUCGGCAGUUCGAAGCUACAGGAAGUGUUUCAGAGUUUCAGAUGCGUUGCAGCAGUUGAGCACUGAACCACGUGUCCUGCCGUCCUUUUGGCUUCAAAACAAUGCAAAGGGCGUGGUCGCGAAGGCGGCCAAUGUCGGUUCCCUCAAGAAGUUGCCAGAAGACGUGGGAUGUGUUGCGCACGUCAACAACACCUUCCUCAACUUCUACGUGAGGAUGGACCAUCCGAAGCGGGACGACAAGGACACGAUGGAGAAGCUAUUUCGUAGCCAAAGCGAAGGAAGCUUUGGAUCUUUGCGUUCUGACAGUACGAUGGACGUCCAGGGCACUCAGGAGCAGAGGAUGCCUAAGGAUGGUGACAGCGCCAGCGAGAACGCCAGCGCCGAGACUGGCUUAGGUGAGGUAUCGCCAAGUGACGCAGUCACGACAGUCGUGACCUCCACGUUGACAAGUUACCUGAACGACUCAGGAACAGAGCCGCCAAUCCCCACCAAAGGGAAGGGCAAAGGUCCAAGACAGGGGCCUAUCCAACAGAAAGACUUCUACGCGACCCAGAAGCAGAAGGGGUUCACGAAGGUGACCUCAAAGAAUUCAAUCAAAGGCGCAUCGAGCAGCGGAACUUGCAGGCAAAACCAAGCAGGGAACAACCAGUGUAAUCUGAACCAAGAUGAAAUUGGGAAACCAUGCGUGGAUGAAUUGUCCAAGUUGGUCAACAAAGACAAGAAUGCUACGCCGCUUAAUCAGCUUCACCUCCCAACUUUCGACGAUUUCAGUACGGAUAACCUGGCAAAUACCAUGUGGCAUUGCAUGAAACUUUGCGAAAAAACGGAGAACCAGGAAUUCGUCGAGCGCAUCUUAGUUCCUGUGCUAAAGGCCGCGGAAGCAAAGGUCGGACAAUUUCGCUACAAGUACUUGGCCAUGGCGCUCUUCUCUGUGGCUGGCUAUCGAGAGAAAACCAUUUCCGAAAGAGGACGAAACGCCGUGGAUGCCUUCGCGCCGAUUUUUGCGCAAGCUUAUACGGAAUGGCUUGAGAGUACAAAGGAUCUCAAGUCAAAGGAUGCCCGACAAGGGGUUGCCAACGCGCUCAACGCAGUCGGGAGGUUGUCCAACUUGGGGAACCAUGCGGAAAACCUUUGCAUCGCGGUCUCCAGGGCCCUCCUGCAGGAGGAUGGGACUUGCGGUACCAAGACGGUUAUUGAGGUCAUGCAGUUCCAGGCGAAGGAGCUGUCCAUGGCCGUGCACGGUAUGUCAAAGGUCUUCAAACAGAAGAAGACGCAGGAGCAGGAGAAGCCGGACGAAGUCAAACGAUUUGCCGCUGCAGCGUUCAAGCAGGCCAGAGAAAAGAUAAAAGAUCAAUCCGACCAGGGGUUGUCCAACAUUGCAAUGGCUGUGGUCAACUUGAGGAUGCAGACAUGUCAUGAAGGUAAAGAGUUUUUGCGGGCUGCGGCAGUUGCAGCCACGGAGAAAAUGAAGGACAGGAAAGAGUAUUUCGCUGGACAGGCUGUGGCCAAUUUGUGCUCCGCGGUAAAAGACUUGGAGCCUUGUGAAGAGAAGGUCUGGUUCUUGGAAGUGGCGGUGGGCUAUGUCGAAGCACACGAAGAGCGACUUUCCUGGAAGGAUCUUGCUGAGGUUAUGGUAUCGCUUGCCCUCCAUGUCCAAAAUUGCGAGACUUUGGGGCUCACCUGUAGCGAGACUUUGUGGUACUUUGCAGAGACAAUUUUGAAAAAGGCAGAGAACGCGCGGACGAAGAAGAAAGAGAAACAGCAUGUCCAAAGCAUUUCAGAUGCUGCGAAGAAGAUCCUCCGGAGUAGAGUCUUUGGAAAAAUUGGCCCAAUGUGUUGGGCCAUAUGUUUCCAGCCGUGGGAAAAAACUCAGAAAAAAGGCAACCUAGCGUCUCAAAGGUAUAGAAAGUGGUGAGACACACACCACUGGUCGAGUGGGUACAGAAGUGGCUGCCUGGUUUCCAGCAGCAGACCACUUGCUUUGCACACUCCAAUGGAGUGGCUGAACUGGAGCCUGAGCCAUGCCGGGUUACCAGACCUGCCUUGUUUGCAAGUUUGCAAUUUUCGUGAGGUGGAGCAGCAUUCAACGUGGAGCAGACUCCCUUGGUGAACAUGGAACCCAUUUUCCG